UCGGGCAGGCGCCGGGGCUGCAGCCGGGGUUCCGGCCGCGAUCGGCUGCAGCUCGGCCGGGAGACGGCGCGACCCGGCGGCGGGGCCAGUCCAGCGCCGCCGCAGCCCCCCAAUGCAGCCGCGGGAAGCAGCAGGGGGGGCAGGCGAUCGCAGGGUUGGCGCCAGUUCAGUGAUUAGUUUUACCGAGAGCAUCGCAUCAUGCAAAUGACGCAUGUGGGUGCGAUUCCCUUUUCUCCGAUGGACCUUGCUUCUAGAAGGAUCAUCCCUCAAAGGCCAGCGUUCUUGGGAAGAUGAAGGCCUCUCUCCCCUGCCUGUGAGUGAAGCAAUGCUGACCUCUGUCUCCUGGACGUUCUGACUCAGGAGCCUUCAUGUAAAUGGGCCCAGUCAUGCCGCCCAGUAAGAAGCCAGAAAGCUCAGGAAUCAGCGUGUCCAGUGGGCUGAGUCCGUGUUACCGGGGCAGCAGCUUCUCCCAGGCCCUGCAGGAAGAUGAUGACCUCGACUUCUCUCUGCCCGACAUCCGCUUAGAGGAGGGGGCCAUGGAAGAUGAGGAGCUCACCAACCUGAACUGGCUGCACGAGAGUAAGAACUUGCUGAAGAGCUUCGGGGAGUCAGUCCUUCGGAGCGUCAGCCCCGUCCAGGACCUGGACGAUGACACCCCCCCUUCCCCCGCCCACUCCGACCUGCCCUACGAUGCCCGGCAGAACCCCAACUGCAAGCCCCCCUACUCCUUCAGCUGCCUCAUAUUCAUGGCCAUCGAGGACUCGCCCAGCAAGCGCCUGCCCGUGAAGGACAUUUAUAGCUGGAUCUUGGAACAUUUUCCCUAUUUUGAAAACGCACCGACGGGGUGGAAAAACUCGGUGAGACACAACCUGUCCUUGAACAAGUGUUUUAAGAAAGUGGAUAAAGAGAGGAGUCAGAGUAUUGGGAAAGGGUCCUUGUGGUGCAUAGACCCAGAAUACAGACAAAAUCUAAUUCAGGCUUUGAAAAAGACACCUUAUCACCCACACCCACAUGUGUUCAACACGCCGCCCGCCUCUCCUCAGGCAUAUCAAAGCACACCAGGGCCCCCCAUCUGGCCGGGCAGUACCUUCUUCAAGAGGAAUGGAGCCCUGCUACAAGAUCCUGACAUUGAUGCUGCCAGUGCCAUGAUGCUUUUGAAUACUCCCCCUGAGAUACAAGCAGGUUUUCCUCCCGGAGUGAUACAGAACGGAGCUCGAGUCCUGAGCCGAGGGCUGUUUCCCGGAGUCCGGCCAUUGCCAAUCACUCCCAUUGGAAUGACGGCCACCAUGAGGAACGGCCUGUCCAGUGGCCGCGUGCGGACUGAGAGCGAGCCCCCCUGCGGCUCCCCGGUGGUCAGCGGCGACCCCAAGGAGGACCACAACUACAGCAGUGCCAAAUCCGCCGCCGCCCGGAGCACCUCGCCCACCAGCGACUCCGUGUCGUCCUCGUCGGCCGACGACCACUACGAGUUCGCCCCCAAGGGCGGCCAGGAGGGCAGCGAGGGCAGCGUGCGGAGCCUGGAGAGCCCCAGCGAGGCGGAGGAGGAGGAGCAGAGACGCAGCGCCAAGGAGGCCCCCGGGGACGGCGCGCCCCAGCACAAGAAGCGCCAGCACCUCGCCAAGGCCAGGAGGGUCCCCAGCGACACGCUGCCCCUCAAAAAGAGACGCACGGAAAAGCCCCCCGAGAGCGACGACGAGGAGAUGAAGGAGGCGGCGGGGUCGCUCCUGCACCUGGCAGGGAUCCGCUCCUGUUUGAACAACAUCACCAAUCGGACGGCAAAGGGGCAGAAGGAGCAAAAGGAAACCACGAAAAAUUGACAAACAAGUCACUGAUUUGUUUUGAACUUAACGGCCAUUUGGUUUCAGCAUGUCAGGAGAUUUCUAAUGAUUUGUGGCAAUAUCAGCGAUUUGCUUUCGUUUGUUCUUCUUUUGCUUUCUUUUCCUCUUUUGGUUUGGUUUUCUUUUUUCUCUUUUCUUUUUUUUGUCUCUUUUGUUUUUGAUUUAAUUUUGCGCCCUUCCCCCCCACCCCGUUUUGUUUUGGACCCUUAAGAAUUUUAUUUUUAAAGGAGAUUGAAGCCAUAGAACUCAUAUUGACACUCAGCUGUUUUACAAAAAGCUUUUCAUUAUCUGAAGACAAAACCGAAAAAGCCAAAAUUACCAUUGCUUCCUCCGGCUUGCAGGGAGUCAGCGGAGGCCCCGAGAAGGCGCCAGGCAUGCAGGCGGAAAUGGUUGGGAGGUCCGCCCAGUUGGGUACCUCUGAGCAGUCCCCAGUGCACUCAGGCAGGUGGGCAUCAGGCAGGCGGGAAGAGGAGGAACCCUGGGCCCCCUUCUCUCCACCAGAACAGACCCAGACUUGUAGCACCAGGUGCAUCUCGUUGCUCCUGGAAAAAAAAAAAAAAACAGCAACAACAACAAAACGCCAGGCAUUACCAUGCAGGGCCCAUGGGGGGCUGUAUCCAAUGCUCCCUGCCUUUACCCCAGAAGCCUCAUCACAUCUCCCUCCCAAGGGGACACUGGCCAGUCCAGAUCCACCAGGUACCAGUGGCCAGUGAGAAGUGGGAUGCAUUUUUAGCAAAGUCGCUAAUCAUCGAAUUCUGUUCCACAUUCAGUUAAGGGAGUGUUCCACGGGGCAUAAGGCUGAAGGUUGACCCACGUGCGCUCACACCAACGCACACUCACACACACAUGUACACACACACACACACACACACAAAUACAUGGACACAUACACACAUAGACACAAAUACAUAGAUACAUACACAUGUACAUGCAUGCAGACACAUGCACACGCACACAAGAGAAAAGAAGCCCUCUCGUCUUCAUGGCCCAAGGGAAGAAGUCCCAGAAAGUUCAGCAGCUGUUAAGAAAGGAAAUAAUGGUACAAAUCUUUUUCUGUCUGUCAAAACUCUUUGAUCCAAGUUUAAAAAAAAAAAAAACUUAAAAAGCUAUGGAACCUGCCAUUAG